AUGUCUAUUUACAGGAUCGCUCGAGCUUUACCCUUCUCAGGGUUCUUCAGGCAGCUUGAGCAAGAAGCAGAAACAGUGAUCAAUGUUCUGCAACCUGGACCAUUGGGAAUCAUUGAACACAAGUUCACGGCUCAAGAGAUUAGGGAAGCAAAAGCUACAGUGUGUAGAGCAGUAGAGAAUUGGCGAAGACAGUCUCAGCUAGAGCAUGGAAAUGGAGUUUUGAAAGAUUACAUCUAUAAGUGA